UGUUUUAGAGGGCGGACCUGUGCGCUGCGUCUCCUUCCGGGUGCUGCUGCUGCGGUUCGUUCACUUUGUAUAAAUCAAAGUCCACGAUGUCCGCCAAACUAAACGCCCUGAACAGCGACUCUUACAUCGACAUCAGCCAAUACAGAGACCAGCACUUUAAGGGUAAUCGUUAUGAACAGGAGAAACUGCUGAAGCAGAGCAACACGUUAUAUGUUGGAAACCUGUCGUUCUAUACGACGGAGGAGCAGGUCCAUGAGCUGUUUGCCAAAUGUGGAGAUGUGAAGCGCAUCAUCAUCGGCCUGGACAAGAUCAAGAAGACGGCCUGUGGGUUCUGCUUCGUCGAAUACUACACUCGCACUGACGCAGAGAACGCCAUGAGGUUUGUGAAUGGCACGAGGCUGGACGACCGCAUCAUCCGCACAGACUGGGAUGCCGGGUUUAAAGAGGGCCGCCAGUAUGGACGCGGCAAGUCUGGAGGACAGGUGAGAGAUGAGUACCGUCAGGACUACGAUCCUGCCAGAGGAGGCUACGGCAAACUGGCUCAGCAACAGAGACCCACAGAGACACGCAACACCUUCUAACCACCACCUUCACUGCUCAUGGAUAACUAGUACUACUGCCAUCAGUACUACUACUUCUAGAGAGACAUAAAGUACUGCAUACAGACUGUACCAUCUCAGAUCAAAUGCCACACUGUACCACUGAACGCCAAAUCCCAUGUCCGUGAUGGUGCUGCCAUCCUCACUGAGCUGAACAGAAAACUCUGUACCCCCCUGCUGGUGUAAUAGUGGGAAACAUGAUCUUGUUUUUAUUUAGGUUUUCUCUUUUUUAAAUAAAUGUUGUUUUUGACAAA